AUGGCGCCCCUUCUGACCCGUCUACAAGAUUGUGGGUGGACUUCUGCUGAUGUCCCCGAGAUCAAGGACAAGAAGGCAUCAAUUACGUUACGGGACUCUGUGGAUCUCUCACUUUCUUAUAGUCCAGAGAACCUCUGCAGUGCCUUUAUCUCAGAAUAUCAGCGCUCUCUCGGUCUUCAACCUGGCAUCAUAACGCUACUCAAUGCCAGUUGGCUGGUCACCGUACGCUGUUUCUGUCCGGUUCAGGACAUCCACCUGGGUCUGCAUUCGCCGGGAGUCUACUUCAUCGCCAGAUUACCGCAUAGGGCACACCGUCAAGUCGCCAUCGACCUGAACUGCGAGGCCCCGGUCAGAAAUCUAGUUCGAGAUGUCUCCCUCCUUCAGUCUGAGGCGACGUCGCACAUGUCACUGGGCGACGAUGUUUCCAACGAGGCUCCAGAGAAAUUUCUGACGACCACGAUUAGCUACGCAGAAGAAUUAUCUGCCUUGACAGGGAGAUCUAGCAAUGGAGAUCUGAACAAAGAGAUCCGACAGCCCAUCAAUUCCAAACUCUUCCUGCGCAUCUCUCAGGCAAAUGGCGAACUUCACGCCAAGCUCACCUUCUCCGUCUCUGACGUUUCCAGAGACCUUGCACUUAAACCCUAUGAAGUGCUGCUGCACGACUUAGCCUUGCAGCAUGCACAACUAACUCCUCAUGCUCCGGCUGUUCAUUCCUGGGAUGGUGACCUGACCUAUGCACAGCUGGAUGAUGCAACCUCCCGACUUGGACAGUUUCUCGCCAGUAUAGGUGGAGGCCUGGGUACAUUUGUAAUCAGCUGUUUUGAGAAGUCCACGUGGGCAAUUGUGGCCCGCCUGGCUAUAUUGAAAGCUGGCGCCACAUACAUCUCUGUUGACGCAACAGAUCCACCUAUUUUCCUUGAGAAUGUGAUCCACUGCCGACACAGCCGCGUGCUGCAAUUUGAUGACUACGCGUUUGAUAUCAGCAAUAAUGACUAUUUGACCACCUUUAUUGCUGGUGGAUGCUGCUGUGUUCACACCCCGAGCAAGUCUGUGUCUACUCUCGUGGAGGACAUCAACACCCUUCAGGUUAACAUGACCUUUCUGACCCCAACUAUCGCCGCUCAGAUUUCCCCUCUGGAUGUGCCAACGUUGGAGUUGGUCUGCCUUGGUGGUGAGCCGAUGUCAAACGAUCUCCUGAUGAGGUGGUCCCCUCAUGUGAGACUGGUAAAUCAGUAUGGCAUGGGGGAGGCUGCUACCUUCUGCGCUUACAACGACCAACUCCAAACAGGCCAGAACGCCAUCGUCGGACGCAGCGGGAGCGGAGCCAUUUGGAUAACAAGUUCAGACUCUCCAGAGCUCCUUAUGCCUGUCGGGGCUGUAGGCGAGAUUAUAAUUGAAGGGCCCCACCUGGCCCGAGGGUACCUGGACAGUGUCUGCCAGAAGCCUGGCAUUGGGUUCCUACCAAAUGCACCAACCUGGCUCAAAGAUCUUCAUCCUUCUCGUGCGGUCACAUCGAGGUUCUAUCGCUCCGGGGACCUGGGAAGAUAUACACAUGCAGGGACUGUGGAACAUUUGGGCCGCAAGGACACCCUACUCAAAAUUAAUGGAUAUCAAGUCGAAGCCACUGAGGUCGAGUACAUCCUCCGCAGGUCGCUGAGCCCCGGGGACGCGGUCAUCGUGGACCUACUUGGCGAGAUCGGUGGCCCCUGUGAGCCGUUUCUAGUGGCUUUCCUAUCCUUGACUAACAAUGAAGACUCUUUCGUCCCCGCUGCUUCUAACAACUCGGUCGAUUUUCUUCCGGUCACUAGUCACCAUUCGGCUCAUCGAUUGGUGCAAAGAAUGAAAGCUGAGGUCAUGGCUACGCUCCCAGUCCACAAAAUCCCGGAAUACUUUAUUCUCGUCAAUCAGAUUCCCAGAACCAGGUCUAAUAAAACUGACCGCCGCAAAUUGCACCAUCUCGCGCAGAAGUCGUACUUGUCGGGGGUCCUAAGUAAGGUCUGCAACAAAUAA